UGUAAAUUGUACUUCCGGUCUGGUUGCAAUUGACAUUUUGUUGAUAUAGGAAAAGAGGCAAAAGCAACCCUACAAGGAUUAACAUGGAUGUUGUAGACGACAGCAGCUAAAAUGAGCAUUGAUACACAGGAGCGAGGUCCCCCCAUCACCAUCAAUGAACUAGUGCAGUUGGCACACAUCGGGAUCCCCCCUGAGCAGGUGACAUGGAACCGGGUCACCAUGACCUCGGACCGCUGGAUCUCCGUCCGACACGGAAGCCGCGAGGAGAUCAGCAAACCAGCCAUGGUGACAGUCCUGAACCCUAAAGAUGGCUCCAUUUCGUACGCUGGACAGACAAGUGCUGAUUCCGUCCUCAUGAACCCAAGUCAGCCCAUCAUAGCACUGAAAGCGGGACUGAGGUUUGAAGUGUUUAACCUUGACACGAAGGUAAUGAUGAGCAAGACACGGCUGCACGAACCCAUUAUGUACUGGACAUGGCUCAACUCGGACGUCAUCGGCAUGGUAACCGACUCCGCAGUGUACCACUGGGACCUCUGGCAAGCUGACAGUCCACCAGAGAAGAUGUUUCUCCGACACACCCGUCUGAUGUUUAGCGAGAUCGUCAGCUACAAAGCCGACCCUGGCCUGAAAUGGCUGGCUCUUACAGGACUUAUUCCAGAGGACGAGAAGAUCACAGGGGUGACACAGCUGUACAACGUGGAUGAGGACAUUACGCAGUGUAUCAACGCUCACACGGUCUGCUUCACAAGAUACAAGUUUGACGAGAAUCCCUCGUCGUCCACAGCACUGUGUGUUGGAUCCCGGGAUGUCCAGGAUAACGGCAAGGUGUAUGUGAUAGAGCUGGGACCAUACAAGACGGGGAAUUUUGCACCGAGGAACGUGUACCACCAUGUCCAGUACCUUGACGAUUACGACCGAUAUGACUUCCCCAUCUCAUUACAGGUGUCCAGCAAGUACGGGCUGCUGUUUAUGAUCACCAAGUACGGCUACUUGUACCUGUGUGACAUGGAGACAGCCAGCUGUCUGUGCUGCACCCGAGUCUCCACGGACAUCAUUUUCGCGUCGGCUCUCAACAAUGAGACACAAGGCAUUCUGGGAGUGACCAGGGGCGGACAGGUUGUCACAAUUGAUCUGAAGAAAGAUGGCUUCAUCUCCUACCUACGAAACACAGCCAAGAAAUCCUGUUCUGCAAAACGUCUCGAGAAAGCAAUCUCAACACUGUAGCCGGUUAGCUGACCUCAGGUCAUGUGAUCACAGCUUAAAACAACAACAACCUCACCUUCACAGCUGCAAUGUCGUCUACUACAUCCGUGCACAUUGAUGUUGUCAGCAAGGACGAAUGUUUCGGUCAUCGUGCAGCAUAUUGAGUGCAGUUGGUGAAGAUGACAAAUAAAUCUCUUUGUGAACGAGGACAUAUAAACCUAUUUGAACCUCUACAGCAACUAGGUCUAGGAAUGUGUUGCCAUGGUUACAGCUGCUUGGUACAAAGUAACUCUAGUCCGAACAUGAUGUGAUGAGCUGUUGUGGGAGAUUAUCACAAAGCUAAACAAUGGCCGCCAAAGUCAGGCCUUGAUUCUGGUCAGUGAAGGCUAGUCAUUAGUCAUGUUGAUGUGAUGCUUGGUACAUCGAACUGUGAGAAUGUUUGGAUUCGUGCCCAGUCCUACAGACAUGUGAAGAGGAGAAAGGAAUCUGAUGAAAUAUAUGAACAUAGCAGUUAUGUGAAAAAGAAAAUAAUAUUUUUUUAAUCAAAGUUCAAUAACUUUGGCUGAGUCAACUAACAGCAUUGGUUGAGAAGUAUGCAUAGAGAGCAUACAGUAUUACUUUGAAUAGGGCUGUGCACUUAUAUUGUGCUGGUGGUACAAGAUGUCACUGUAUCAUACAAGGUACAUGAUACAUGAUACAUAUUACACAUAAUAACUUGAUACUUCUCAUGGUCAGACUUGCAUCCCAUCAAAUACCAAACAAACCUUUUGUAAGUUACGCUAAACAGGUUUCUGAACUUUUGUACGUAACGACAGAUUUUUAACGCUUUAUUUUCAUGAUACCGUUAUGUAGUGUGCUUCUACUGUAUGCUUGUAUCUUUUGUUGUUGCAUCGUGGCAAUAAGAAUGAUGCGGACAUGUUCAGAGAAUAGCUCAGUCCUUCAGUCUGACAGACUGCAAUGUGGAAAGUGAUCCAACACAAACAGUCUACUGUAUUCGACCCAAUAAGCGCCCAUGUCCCAAUAAGCGCCCCCCUCCCAACCUUUUCCCGGAUGCCCAAGUAAGGUUUACUCACCUGUUUUUUACAUACGGUCAAGAAUCUUUUGUAGUUGGUUAAUGAGGAGAUGUUCACCAGUAAAACGUAAGUAACAGUUUAUCUCUAGCCCCCCAGCAACAGAAGAAUAUCGAUAGGUUUACUGAUGAAUUUACGCCACUUUGACUCUGAAUUGGUCCCAAUAAGCGCCCACCCCUUCUGUCUUUAUUUUAAGCGCCCUUGGCGCUUAUUGGGUCGAAUACGGUAUUUGAAUGUGUUGAUGAAAUGUUAUUCAGAAUUUUGUAUUUCUUAACAAAAUGAAAUGAUUUUUUGAAUAUUUUUGACAAUCAAUAUACUGAUGUAGACAUAUACCAUAAAACAGGAAAUUUAUGUGUCACCAAAUUAAUGGGGGUGUCGACCCCUGACCUAAAUUCAUCUUGAAAAUCCUGCCUUUGAACUUCAAAAACUAAUCUGCAAACAAUAACACUGAGACUUUAGACAAGGAUUUACUGUUGACUGAUAGAUAUUCGAUUGAAUAAUAUCAUUUGCUAUCUUCACAAACUUUACUUCAACUGCUUGACAUAUGAUUUAUCUUCCAUGAAAUCAAAAGCAAGAAAUCCCCAAAUCAGUGUCACUUUAUUAAUGCAAGCAAGGUAUAUUUUAUUUUUUACGCAAUAAUUUCCUGCUGGCAUUAAGUUCAUGAUAUUCAGUUUAUGGUUAAGAAAGACAAAACAAAAAUAACUAGAUUUAUAUACAC